AUGUGGGUCUUCCUGGUUUUCAUCGCUGGCUUCUUCCUUGGUGCGGUUGCACUCGCUGCCCUGGAAGCUCUUGGCGCCUACGCCUUGCUACAGCGACUCAACCGCAAGAUUUCGCUGCAGAAAUCCAAAUUGUCCUCGCCGGGGGAUCCGCAGAAAGACCUCGAUCCCAGGCAAUCCCUCAAAUACGCUCAUAACAAGAAGGGAGUCGUAUGGGUUCUUGAGCCUGAUAAAGUUCCGAAAACAUGGUUGCUUGAGAAGGAGCAAAAGAAGAAGAAAGAUUUCUAUGAGGUUGUCCCUAUUAGAAAACAUGCUAAAAUCAGGGACCGGUUCCUUAUUCUGGUUGAUUCAGAUGGUACACAUACAGCUGUUCCUUUGGUCGGUUGUCUUGUAGAAGCUGUUUCUGCUACAAGUCUUUGUUCAAGGAAAUGGGCCAAAAGAUAUCCCAUCAAAGUAGAAAGCAAAAGUUCUGUGAUUUACAAUGGAAGUAGAACGGUUUAUGUAUAUCUUGAAACAUCCUGGGAGAAGGAGUCCUGGUGUAAAGCGCUUCGUCUUGCCUCAUGUGAUGACAAACUGAGGCUUUCCUGGUUUACCAAAGUGACUGAAGAGUUCCACUCUUAUUUGAUGUCCUUGAAUACUGGAUACCCUUCAUUUAUGAAGCCCUCUUCAGGGUGCAAUGAAGAAAUGAUAGAUAGGGUGACCAGGUUCGAUGGUUCAACAUCCAAGGUUCGCUCAUUUUGGAGAAAACUCUCUAAAAGGGGUUCCAAGGCUACUGCAGAGAAUAGGGCAACACCUUCGUUAGGCCGUGAAAGGUCUCGUCCAUUCCAAGAUCCCUCAGUGGCCAGUAACAUGGCAAAGACACUUCCAUCAGUGAAGGCUCCUAUCAUCACUGAAGAGGACCAUACAGCAUCAUCAGCUUCCUAUUCUCGUUCCCAAAGCCAUGCCUCUUCUGAUGGAGAAUCCGAUGAGAAGUAUAGUGUAGAUGAUGGAACACUUUGCUGGAAUUUGCUGAUCUCUCGACUCUUUUUUGAUGUCAAAGGCAAUUUGGAGACUAAGAGUUCAGUGCAAGCACGAAUCCAGAGAACCUUGUCCAAUAUGAGAAUUCCGUCAUAUGUUGGUGAAGUUGUAUGUACAAGCCUACACCUAGGCAACCUCCCUCCUUACAUCCAUGGCAUCAGGGUUCUUCCUGUGGACAUGAAUGAUGUUUGGAUGUGGGAUGUUGACAUUGAAUAUUGUGGGGGAGUGGUGCUGGAUAUUGAAACAAGAAUAGAGGUUCGUGAUAUAGAUCUGCAAAAGGGUAUUGGAGACACAAACACAGAAUCAAGCUCAGGGGGUGAUAUCUCUUCAGAUCUGUUGGAAGGUUUUGAACAUUAUGGGAAGCAGUUAAAUCUUCCGGAGGGGACUGUUCAUACCCAAGAGUAUAAGGAGGAAGGUGAUCCUAAACUCGAAGGAUCAAGAAGCACUUCUAGCAGUGUGCCAACGUCAACACCUAUGUCUAAGUGGAAGGCCAUUGUUAAUUCUAUUGCAAAACAGGUUUCACAGGUGCCGAUCUCUUUGUCAAUAAGGGUUUCUUCUCUCCGCGGAACAUUGCGGUUACACAUAAAGCCACCUCCUUCUGAUCAGCUAUGGUUUGGUUUCACAUCGAUGCCUGAUAUAGAGUUUGAACUCGAGUCUUCAGUUGGAGAUCAUAAGAUUACUAGUGGACAUAUUGCUUUGUUCCUCAUCAAUCGGUUCAAGACUGCUAUUCGGGACACUAUGGUACUACCCAACUGUGAAAGUGUUGGUAUUCCUUGGAUGUUAGCUGAAAAGAAUGAUUGGGUCCCUAAAAAAGUUGCACCUUUCAUGUGGCUUAAUCGAGAAUCAACUGGUGACAAUGCACUUGUGAGCGAAGCUUUUGGUUCCCUGCCACCUAAACCGAAAGCCAAGACAGAAGAUAAGAAGGGAACCACCUCAAGCAAUAGCCCGGAAAGCAAUUCCGAAGUGAACAGGAAUACUGGUGAAAGCCAACAUGUGAAACCCGAUUCUUCAGAUGCCUUGGCUAGCUCGGAAAAGUCACCAACAGAAACCAGGAGGUCAUCAGAAGAAUUGAGAUCUCCAUUAUUAGUGAGCCACGAACCCAAAGGUCUUCAGCAGAAUGGGGAUUAUAUUUCUGAAAGCUCACAAACAGCAUCUAGGUCUCUAAUAAAUGUGGAUAGGUCAAUCGAAGGGAUUGAUGAGCCUAAGAGACUGGGACGAAGAGCAAGGAUGCUUGAUCUGGGGAAGAAAAUGAGCGAGAAGCUUGAAGAGAAAAGGCGGCACAUUGAAGAAAAGAGUAAAAGCUUUGUGGAGAGAAUGCGAGAUAAAGCUGAAAAUAAAUAA